GCCCGCGGCGGGGGUGUGCGUGUACCCGCCCACCGGCCCUGGCACGCGGGAGGCGCGUGGGGCCGGGUUCAGCGCCGGGUGCGCGGUGUCAGCGCUCGUCUGCGCUGGGCGGCCGGGCGGGCUCUGGUUAACGCGCAGGUCAAAGUGUGCUGCUCUGCGAUCCCCGCCCCGCCGGGGCACCCGGUUCCGCGAGCGGGAGCUGGGCUGUUUUUCCCCGGUGUGGUUCAAAGCAUCUCCGAAACGGGCGGCCUGAGGCGCCGCGGCGGCUCCUCAACACGGGCCGAGGAAGCGGCAUGUGCCGUGUCCUUCCCCCUCCCCGGGCCCCCUGACACGGACGACAGAAAAUACUAUGACAGAUGGGAUGAAAUAUGUAGAAUUUCUGUAACUCAAUAGUGGGAAAGCAGUGAGAAGGUCUCUUCAUACUAAUCGAAGUGCACAGUUGCAGAAAAAAGCAGUCCUGCCUUUUCCCAAGCUUGUUCCAGCUCCCUCCUCUCUGCCUACACUGUCCUUCAUAAAAAAUAAUUUGCUGUUGUUUUCAACAAAUUUGUUUUCAUCUGGAUCAGAGAACUGAUGCAGCUGACUGCUUGGCUGCAAAGACCUGAAGAAGUUACCAGGAGGAGAACUGUUUUUUAGCCUCAUAGUUGAAUCAAGCACAAAGCCAGGAAUUCCUAGAAACCAGUGUGAAUCAUGUACUGAAUAGACGCUCAAGCAAUGAGAAGCAAAUGGAAGGAGCCCGCUGCCCGUCGCGGUUCUGCAAAGCCAGCCUGCACAGCAGACUUUGGAUGCAUGUUGCCAACAGGAACAGUAAAGAAUGAGAAGGUUGCUUCUGUCAAGGGGGAAUGCCAGCAUCGUCGUCUUGGGACUUGAGGACUGAAAAGUUAAAAGGAAAAGAAUUAUUUGAGACAAACUGCUUUUAACUACUGAUACAAUCUGCUGUAUCCAGUUUGUGGUGUGGAAGAACAGGACAGUCUCUUCUGCCUGGUCUGUGGUCUCCAGUGUGACCAAGUGGGGUCACCAUGAAUGUGACAAGUUUAUUUUCCUUUACCAGUCCAGCAGUGAAGAGGCUGUUGGGAUGGAAGCAGGGGGAUGAAGAAGAAAAAUGGGCAGAGAAAGCUGUUGAUGCAUUAGUGAAAAAACUGAAGAAGAAAAAAGGUGCUAUGGAAGAGCUGGAAAAAGCAUUAAGCUGUCCUGGUCAGCCCAGCAACUGUGUCACAAUUCCUCGUUCUUUGGAUGGCAGGCUGCAGGUUUCGCACCGGAAAGGGCUACCACAUGUAAUUUACUGUCGAGUGUGGCGCUGGCCAGACCUGCAGAGCCAUCAUGAACUGAAACCACUGGAAUGCUGCGAGUUUCCCUUUGGUUCAAAACAGAAGGAGGUUUGCAUCAAUCCCUACCACUACAAGCGAGUAGAGAGUCCUGUGCUUCCUCCAGUGCUGGUACCAAGACACAGCGAAUACAACCCUCAGCACAGCCUCUUGGCUCAAUUCCGCAACUUGGGACAAAAUGAGCCCCACAUGCCACACAACGCUACUUUCCCGGACUCUUUUCAGCAACCCAAUAGUCACCCGUUCCCCCAUUCGCCAAACAGCAGCUAUCCAAACUCGCCGGGAAGCAGCAGCAGCACCUAUCCGCAUUCUCCAGCCAGCUCAGACCCAGGAAGUCCUUUCCAGAUGCCAGCUGAUACGCCCCCUCCUGCUUACCUGCCUCCAGAAGAUCAGAUGACACACGAUACCUCCCAGCCAAUGGAUACCAACAUGAUGGUACCCGCAAUGCCCCCUGACAUACACAGAGGAGAUGUUCAGGCGGUUGCUUACGAAGAGCCAAAGCACUGGUGCUCCAUCGUCUAUUACGAGCUCAAUAACCGUGUCGGGGAGGCCUUCCACGCUUCUUCCACAAGCGUGCUGGUCGAUGGCUUCACUGAUCCGUCCAACAACAAAAACAGGUUUUGCCUUGGGCUGCUCUCCAAUGUUAAUCGGAAUUCCACCAUUGAGAAUACGAGGCGGCAUAUUGGCAAAGGUGUUCAUCUCUAUUAUGUUGGUGGAGAAGUGUACGCUGAAUGCCUUAGUGACAGCAGUAUUUUUGUGCAAAGUCGGAACUGCAACUACCAUCAUGGUUUCCAUCCAACCACCGUCUGCAAAAUUCCUAGUGGCUGCAGUUUGAAGAUUUUCAAUAAUCAAGAGUUUGCUCAGCUUUUGGCUCAGUCAGUGAACCAUGGCUUUGAGACAGUGUAUGAGCUUACUAAGAUGUGCACUCUCCGUAUGAGUUUUGUAAAGGGUUGGGGAGCUGAAUAUCAUCGCCAAGAUGUCACGAGCACUCCAUGCUGGAUAGAGAUACACCUUCAUGGUCCCCUUCAGUGGCUGGAUAAAGUACUUACUCAGAUGGGCUCUCCUCAUAAUCCUAUUUCUUCAGUGUCUUAAAAGGUCCCAAGCUCCUGCAUUUUGGAAACUAUUGAGCCCUGCAUGUACUUGAAGGACAUAUGAGUCAGACACACUUCCCCCCCUUCCCCCCCCCCCCCCCCCGCCCCGCCCCGAACUGGCAACAGCUGAAUAAGAGCCAUGAAAAUACUUGACUUCGGUGACCAACUGUUGGAUUCAGAAAAAAAUAAAUAAAUCCCUUUGACAUACUGUUGGUAUCAAGAAUUUUAGUUUACAUUGUAAUGUUCUAUUGCAAAGUCGAUUUUCAGGGCUUAGCGUAACAGGGACAACCAAACCAAAAACACAAUCUGUCAGUCUGAGUUCCCAAAGGAUUUCCCUGUAGUUGGCACUCCGAGAUUCUCUUUCUUAUGCUCAGCGUUCACUGUUUGUUUUGGUUUUCUUUUUUUUCCCUGUGUCCUCUGGCGCUACAAGCCCAUGUUGGUGAAGUCUGUUUUCUGCAGGCUUUCUACAGUACAUUUUAAAACCAUUUGUCUAGUUGAUGGUUGCUGUUCUCUUAAAAGGAAAAAAAAAAAAAGGGUUUAAUCUCAGUAACUGUGUAAUAAUCUUUUUGAAAUUGUGUCCUGACCAUACUGCUGUAAGAAUGUUAGGUAUGUUUUUUGCUAAAUGUAUGUAUGGUUUAUCUGGAAGUUUAGAAAUUAAUUAGAUUUAGACCAUAAAGGAGUUAGGAAUAUUUGAGUGGGGGGAGGUGGGAGUGGGAAAAUGACAACUGAAAUGUAGAAUAUAUUGUAAACAUAGCUUGUUAGUUUAAACUGAGGUCUGAGUUUUGCUGUGCAUUUCAUUUUUUUAUAGUGGCUUCACUAUAUUUUGAUUAUUUUUGCCUCUUCCUUUCCCUUCAAAGCAAUUGCGCAGCUGGUUAAUUCUUUUACCUGUGAAGAGGACAAAAUAAUUAAUUCCUGCAGUUCAAAGGCUGCAGCUCUAUGUAUUUCAAGACAAAAUUGUACAGUAUGCUCUUUAACUAUUGAGCAGUUUUAUACAGUUUAUGUAACAGAAGUAGGCUUUUAAUUUUGUAAGAGAAUCUUGUUUUGCCAAACCUAGUAACUGUUAAUUGUUUGGAGGACUUCAAAAUGGGUCUAUUUCAAACUUAUAAAAAAUAUAUAUAUUUUUAACCUCUUUUUUUUUUUUUUUUUUUUUUUUAACUGCUUGGUUUAUUUUCUUUUCUCUGAUCUUUUAUAUUUACAUAAGCUGUAGUACUUCUAAGUACCUUUAUUCCAAAACUAGUGAGUCCUCUUUACUGGAAGUUUUGAAUAAAACCUGUUGUUACUGCUUA